CUGAUGAGGGUGAGGGCAGAGCAGAGGCAAGAACAAAAUCCCUCUCACUCUGUAGCACGCACACACACACUCUCUUACAGACCCACACACACAUGCACGGUGUGAUUCACAGUGAACAGCCACAACUGAGAGAAUCCGAUCCUUUGUGCUCUUUUCUUUAACCUCUUCUUCCCCUCUUUCUCUCUUUUCCUCCCUCGUCGUUACUCUCUCUCCCCCUCCCUGCCUCACUCCCUGCCUCCCUCCCACCCUCUGCUCUCUCCCUGGUGGUGUGUGUGUGUGUGUGUCUGUGUGUGUAUGUGAACAGUGAGGAUAACAGACGCUCAUGUGAGCAGCCUCAGUGGCGGCAGCAGUGACUGGUGAGAAAGAGGAGAAAGGAGAAGAGCGUGGAUAACGAAACCACAACCAUCCAUCUGAUCGGGUCCACACCAGACAUGUGAGAAGAUGUCCGUGGGCGGCUGCGCGUGUCCCGGCUGUUCCUCCAAGUCAUUCAAGCUGUACUCCCCCAAGGAGCCCCCCAACGGUAGCACUUUUCCCCCUUUCCACCCCGGCACUAUGCUGGACAGAGACGUGGGUCCCACCCCAAUGUAUCCUCCCACAUAUCUGGAGCCCGGAAUAGGGAGGCACACACCAUAUGGCAACCAGACAGACUACAGAAUAUUUGAACUCAACAAACGACUACAGAACUGGACAGAGGAGUGUGAUAACCUGUGGUGGGACGCAUUUACUACAGAGUUCUUUGAAGAUGACGCCAUGUUGACCAUUACUUUCUGUCUGGAGGACGGGCCCAAACGUUACACAAUUGGCCGGACAUUGAUUCCGAGGUACUUCCGGAGUAUUUUCGAAGGCGGUGCUACUGAGCUCUACUAUGUGCUGAAACAUCCCAAGGAGUCCUUCCAUAAUAACUUUGUCUCCCUUGACUGUGAUCAGUGCACCAUGGUCACCCAGAAUGGAAAGCCCAUGUUCACACAGGUGUGUGUAGAAGGCCGCUUGUACCUGGAAUUCAUGUUUGACGACAUGAUGAGGAUAAAAACGUGGCACUUCAGCAUCAGGCAACACCGUGAACUCAUCCCCCGCAGUAUACUCGCCAUGCAUGCCCAGGACCCACAGAUGCUGGACCAGCUGUCCAAAAACAUAACAAGAUGUGGCCUGUCAAACUCCACUCUUAACUACCUCCGACUGUGUGUGAUUCUAGAGCCCAUGCAGGAGCUGAUGUCCAGACACAAGACGUACAGCCUCAGCCCCAGAGACUGCCUCAAAACCUGCCUUUUCCAGAAGUGGCAGAGGAUGGUGGCACCACCAGCUGAGCCAUCAAGACAGGCUCCAAACAAAAGGCGGAAGCGUAAGAUGUCAGGUGGCAGCACCAUCAGCGGAGGAGGAGGAACAAACAACAACAACAACAACAAAAAGAAGAGCCCAGGCAGUGGCUUUCCUCUGUCCAGCCAAGUACCGGAUGUGAUGGUGGUUGGAGAGCCCACACUGAUGGGAGGGGAGUUCGGUGACGAGGACGAGCGUCUGAUCACGCGGCUGGAGAACACUCAGUUCGACGCGGCCAACGGCAUCGAUGACGAGGACAGCUUCAACAACUCCCCGGCGCUCGGCUCCAACUCGCCCUGGAACAACAAGGCCCCCUCCAGCCAGGAAAGCAAGAGUGACAACCCCACCUCACAGGCAUCGCAGUAGAGACCAGAGCCCCACAACCUCAACACAAACCCCCUCUCUGCUACUCCUCAGACCCCACCCUGACUCGCCCGCCACCAGUGUAACAGCAGCAGUCCAUCUCAUUAUGUACACACACACACGCACGCACGCACGCACAUGCAUACACAGGCGGCAUGCAGGGUCUCAGGUGACAACGACACUGAGACAUUUGCUGUGACCUCCCCAUAUUAAGGCGCUGUAUCCCACCUCGGUCACUGUUCCUCAUCUCACUCAAAAUGUCCCGUCUGCUCUUGCAAAUUUUCAGUUUGGACGGCGAUCGGUCAGAUGUGACCGAGGAGGUGCAGGAAUUUAAUCCGCGGGGGGGAGUGUACACACUAAACCAUCAAUACUGAAAAACACAUGUGGUGGGGGGCGGAGGGGGAAGGGAAGGUGGCGUCAGAGGCUUCGAGAUGGUGGCAAGUUGCUUAGGGACCACUUGUCCACCCAUCUUCAAAACAUGGCUCUCAAUUCUGGUCUCUGCUGUCGAGGCACGGGUCACUUGUAGUGUGUGUGUGUGUGUGUGUGUAUGUGUGUGUGUGUGUGUGCGUGCGUGUGUGAGGAGCGAAAGAGAAGCAGUCUGAUCUUAUCUGUGGCUGCGCUGAAGCAGACCGACCGAAUUUAAAGCCCCUGUAUAAAACUAUUGAAAUUCACACACUGGUGAGAGCUGUGGAAGUGUGGCACUGGGGAAACACACACACACCAAAACACAAAUCGGCAAAAUGAUUGAAGGAUUUUGAGUCCCCUAGUGCCAGAGCCGUCUCUGAGACUACAAUGAAUGCGCUCUUUCAAACGGGGAGCAUUUACAACGGACAUACACACAUUACACAUUUUAAGAGUUUUUAUACAGUAUAUAUUUCCCUAGAAUGUUUUUUAAUUUGUAUUAAACGCCUUCAUUUCAAUUGUUACUUUUUUAUUUUCUACCAAUACUGAAAAGCUACAGACCAAGGAGCAACACAGGACUUUUAUCCCGCCCCCCUCUAAAAUAUAUGGUUUUUAUCUUUUAUGUUUAUAAAAGAGAAAUAAUUUAGUGUGGAUGUUUUUAUUUUGUCUUUUCGUUCCUUUUUUGCAGAUUUAAAUUUGUGUAUUUGUGCUUGUAUAUUUAAGGUAGUAGCAAAGUUCUGUCUGACUGUAAUAAAAUGUAUUCUUACUUAGAUUUACCUAAAGCCAUCCCGAUCUAAUGUAAAGAAACAAAAAUAGGAAAAAGGAGAAAAAACACUCAUGACCCCCCUUCCUCCACCCAACCCGUCUUCCCACCUGCUCUUUCCUCCUCUCUCCUUUUUUUUAUAACUUGUGUAAAUUAAAUUACAAAACCUCCAGAGGUACAAUGGCGCCAUUGAGAAAUCCUUUUCCUGUUCAAUUUUUUUUUUGUAUUUAUUUUUGAAAAUCUAGAAAUUCACACGCAUCUAUACAGGAAGUGAUUUUUCACUUAACAUCACGAUUUUGUGUACGUCAACUUUCAACUGGAUGUCAAGUGAAUGUGCUCACUGAAUUUCAUAUUUCAUCCCCUGCUGAAACUGAUUAUUUCAUGUCUUUCAUACCCAACAGAAUGAUCGCAUCAAACAUCUUCUAAAGCCAGCUUAUCAUUAAGUUCAGUCUUCAUAUUGGGUAGCUCUGGCGUCUGUGAAGUCUGAUUAAACCGCUGAAGCACGGUUUGUUUUGUACAUUUCCAUUUCCUUACAGUUGAUCCCAGCAAUAGUUAUGAGUUUGAAUGGUGACUUGUACCUUUUUCAAUCCCUGUAGAAAAUCAUUGUUUGAUAUAUAUUUUUUGAUUUGGUUAGUUUCUGCCCUUGAUAAUUAAUGUAUGGUACCAAUAAAAGAUACAUUUUCACUUUAAAA